AUGAGUUCUUCUUCUUCGCAACCGGAGUCAUCCGGAGCUGCUUCCAGGCGGCCCAAGAAGUGUUCCUUGGACGAAAACCAUUGCGUCAACCUGGCGGACAUCCUCAUGUCCUUCUCGGCACCCAUUUCGGAGGAGCACGCCUGGGCCCUUUGCUACCAGUGCGCCAAGUGUUUCCGAAACGCCCUCAAGACUGACCCUUCGCGGUGCAAGAACGUGAUGGAGCUGUCGGAUGUACUUAUUCACAGGGAUGGACACGUCCACUCGAAUACCAUCUUCGAAGGUGGAGGAAAGGAAGAUUAUGGUGAGUGGACGCCGGCAUUGUAUAUAGAUAAUAUUGUUAGUUAA